AUGAAGUAUCAAAGACCAGUGUUUCUUCUUCCUCUAGCAUUAGUAUUCUUGCUGAUUGAUUGGAAUACGAGUACAACUUCCGUUUCGAAUGGCUCCAGUAGCGAAAAGACAAGCUCUCUGUCAUGUUUUGAACAGUUGCAAGGAGCAGAGAACCAAGGUGUGCAAUGGCAAACAGAAAAUGAAAACGCUACUUCCAAUGGAGGGAAGAAAUCGUUGGCUUAUAGCUGCCCAAAACUAUAUUGGGAACAUGAUACUCAUGAUUCAACUUGUCAGGUGAAUUCAUUUGAUCCACGGUCAUUCCUUUCGACAUUUCGUGGAAGAACGCUUGUAUUUGCCGGCGACAGCCUUUCAGCACACCCGUGCAAGGAUCUGCAAGAUACCUUGAAAGGAUCAGGAUAUGACUCUUCACAGGUCAAUACUUCUUACAGCUCCGACCCUUUCCGAAAGGGAAUACUGCACGGCUGUCAAGAGUUUGAGAACGGUGUUCUGAUAUGCUGUUCUUGGUUGGCUUUUUCAAAUGCGAAGAAAGAACGAUACUGGGCAAAUAUCAAAUUGUUUUCAGCAAUAAAUGGUAUUGCCUUGAAUGUCCUGGAUCCUUCUGAUCUAAUGAUAUGGAAUACUGGUCUUCAUCACACUUCUCAUUAUUCAGGAACGAUCGGUGACAUGACAUGGUUAGUCAACAACACACUUUCCGAUUGGAAGACAAGCAAAUCUCUAGCCUCUGUUCCCACUCUUUGGUGGAAGGAGUGCUAUGCUCAGCACUUCAAAAACGGGCACUGGGACAGCUGGUCGGAUGUCCAAAGGUAUAAGACGGCGAAGUACAAGAACCUGAAGAGACAGUGCUAUGAUAUUUCCAAACUGUCAGUUGAGAAUGAAACUGGGAUCUACAACGAAGCAGCCGAACCAGUUGUCAGGUCCUUCGGCGUUCCUAUUUUGCGCGUCCACAAGGCAUCCAUACCUCUCCACAGGCAACAUUUUAAUGCGAUCGAUUGUACUCAUUUUUGUUUGGGAAAACAUGGACCAUAUGAUCACGAUCAUGCAUUGAUGACGAAACUGAUCGAAGCGGCAAUAGCUGGUGGUAAUCUCCCAGCGCUGCCCAAAGAAAGAUCCGAAAAGAAUCAAUUUGAUCUCCAACAUAGGUGGGAUCUGCUGAUGGAACACCCUACUGACUCGCUCAUGGCAAAAAUGGACGUUUGCGCGAAGUCCAAGAAGUCGAAAAGACCACCUUCUUGGAAGGCGGAGAAGGAUGGACUUCCUCCUCCGUUGAAGAAAUGUUUGAGACACUCAGAGAAAGUCCAUGGAGGGGGGUUGAAAUCAUAG